AUGACAACGUUCAACGACCGCCCCUUGCUUUUCAAGCCUAAGCGGCAAUCGCUUGGCCAUUCCCCGACACGAUCCAAGAUCCUCGCUGAUGAUAUCCUUCUAUACAUUACGCCUUCCACAGUCGUCGAAGCACUCAUGUCUCCGACUGGUGCCAUCCGUGCUUGCAUGGCUCUGGCCUCCCCCGCUGAGCGAGACUUUGCCAUGCGCACGGCUCUCGCUUCGCAGAAAAUAGUCGAGUGGCUCGACGAAAUACGCGCCUGGACCUGGCCAGAGGAAGGUGGCUCUGCCGGCUUCGAACAGGGUGCGCUCCAAGUCCGUCGAACACUAUUUAGCUCUUCCACGAGCUCGACAAACUCUCAGCCACUGCAAGAAGAGGUGUACAUGGGGAGUUUGCCCCAGCAUAAAGUUACCGAGUACGCUCGUCGCAUAGAAGAGAUCUACCACGGCAUGGACCAGCUCGAAGUGGAGGAUAUCAAAACACACAUACUUACAAGUCAUGUCAUGCCCCUUUCGCGGUCAACGACGCCCCUUUCAGAAGGCAGCCGUUAUAACGAGGCUGCGCCAUCGUACCAUAGAAUGGACGACCUCUCUGCCGUGGUAACCGCUAUUGUUGUCCAGACUCUCCCCAAUCUUGCGCGACUGACGCGGUUACUACAAUUAUGGACUAUGCGCAUAACAGUUUUACAGCACGUGAACCCUGUUCUCACCGCAAUCGAAGAUGCUGAGAAAUUUAUGGAUGACGCCUGGCAACAGGUUUCGCUACUCGCCCAGGAAAAAGCUCGCUUAGAGAGAGACGGAGACGGCGAACCCCUGGAAGGUGUCCUGACAAAAGACACAUUUGGCCCUAAGAAGCGAUCCAUCGUGCGCAAGGUGGCCAAGCCUGGCCGCACCCUCGACUACAUGUUGGACUGCCUCGAGGGCCUCGACGAUACGCUCCCGGACCAUUGGUUGGAGCGGAUGGAAACGGUUGAGCGGGACUACAGCGAGUGGGCGGCUGUUGCUGAGCGCAAGAUUAGAGAGAUUGAGUGGUUGCGCAACAUCCUGGCCGACCAUGGCGAGGGCGGUAUUAGGUUACGGGACGAGUCUGCCUACACUGACUCUGACGCAACAAUCGAGGCUUCGAUGUUGCAUGUUAAGGACAACCUUGCAGACCGAGUCGCUUCGCGUGACACCAUAUCUCCGAAAGGGCAGCACAACCAUUUGUCGCUCUCGGCUCUUGGAGUUGUUGGAGGGGUCAUGCCAAACAUGGCCAGUGAAGUGGUGGUUGACUCCGAAACUCCACUGAAGCAGAAACGCAGUGCCUCAGAUGAGCUUGCACAAGCUACGAUGAGCCCUGUCAAGGAAGAAGUCGACGAGGAGGAAGAGAUUUGCUUGCCCGAGCUGCGAAGUAGUGUCAUGGCCGAUGUCAGCGAGCUUGCUGACGAUACCGUACUAUACGGAAGCCACUUUGAUGGCAUGUCGAGCGAUGGCCCUGAAAUUUCAGCGUCACCAACCGGCUUUAAGGGUCCCGUUCGCGAGGCCGAAUAUUUCGACGACAGCCCGCCUAGUUCGCCUCCGCUGUCGCCGCCUAAGCUAGAGCGGCAUCAGAUGCGAGACUCCGUCAUUGCUCUUGGCGACAGCCCCCUUGUCAACUCUGGCCUACCUGAGUUUGAAGAUUCCAUCGGUAUCAAGACCCCGCUUGACGGCUCCUUCAUGGAUGACUUUGAUGAUUCUUACUCUCUCGCCGACAUCGCGCCGCCUAGCUCUGCUAUCCGCCGAGAUAGUGUUGGCGAUCAGAAGCUGCGCAGUCAGAUUAGCCAGAUAAUUGAGGGCAUCCCUGCUAAGAUCCGGCUUCAAUCUGACACACCAAACGUCAAUCUGAACCCUCCGGACCUGCAGCUGCCGCACCUCAAGAAGAAACCCUCCAAGGAUCGCUUUCGCCGUAGUGGUUCGGCUGUGAGCUCGCGCACUACCACACCGUCCUUUACGCUCUCGCCCGCCAAGUCGUCCCGCCCGCCGCGGCCGCAACGCGGACAGCAGGAGAUCAAAGUGUACCACUUGUCACGCUCAACGGGCGAAGCGCCUAUCAAGCUCUUCAUCCGCUGCGUCGGGCAAGAUGGCGAGCGAGUCAUGGUGCGUGUUGGUGGCGGCUGGGCCGAUCUUAGCGAAUAUCUCAAAGACUAUGCCAGCCACCAUGGUCGGCGCUCCAGCAAGCCAGAGGAAGCCGUAGUCGAAGUGCGUGAUGUCCCGCAGGUUGGUCGCGCCACGAACAACAACAACAACAGUAUCGUACAAGGCUCUAGUCCCAACAGCCGCCCUGGGUCACGACUUGGCGAUGCUUCCUCCGUCACUAUUGCGCCUAGCACUCCUCUCAACGUUCGCAAGACACGUCGUAGCAUGGGUGCCGUGGGCAGCGAGGCACCGCGUUUCCGCCCCAAGACUCCCGCUGCAGCGCUGCACUACUCAUCUGUUGAGAACACGCCCGGCUCGGAAGGCGGCGGCGGCUCUGCGCGAUCGCGGCCCGGUUCCCGCCUGAGUUGGGUGGAGGACGACAGCUCGUUCUUGGGUCUCGCCGGUCCCUCGGGUAAGAAGGUCGAGAUGAGCGACGAGAACAAGGCAUGGGUAGAGAGCGUCAAGGAAAAGGUGCGCCUCGCUAGUGGCGAGCGCAAAGUACCUCCUCUGGGCAACCCACCGGGUCCGCCGCUGUCGAGCGUGGCGGUGAAUGCGGCCUCGAGUGUCGCGCCAGAGCGCUUUGUAAGAGGGUCGACGCCCGUGGAGGACAAGAAGCGCUUCGGCGAGCUGGGCAAGGUGGGAGGUACGACGAGGUUGUUCAGAAAAUCGGUGACGGAUGGACGGCGAUCCGGCGCGGCCUGA